AAAACAGCUCAGCGUCGGACACAACACGGAGCUCUGCUUCAAUCUCCGCGACGAUGGCAUAAACCCUAGUUUCCGUUUCCCUCCUCAAGCUUUCUAACCUCUGUGUUGAUUUGUCUCAAAUGAACACGAAAAAGAUGGAUAUGGGAUCCAAAGAUUUGAUCAGCAGUCUACCAGACGCACUAAUCUGCCACAUCUUAUCCUUCCUCUCCACAAAAGAUGCAGCUUUGACCUCAAUCCUCUCCAAAAGGUGGAGAAAUCUGCUAGCUUUCGUAACGAAUCUCGAUCUGGACAACACCAUCUACGACCGUCCUAAAAUGGGUAGAAAGAGAAGGCGCCAUUUGCGUAAAAGCUUCAAGCUUUUUGUGGAAAGAGUCAUGGCCUUGCAAGGGAACGCUCCGUUGAACAAGUUCUCUCUAAGGUGUAAAAUCGCUUGCGUUACAUCUCGUGUCAACCGUUGGAUACUCAAAGCGUUGGAGCGUGGUGUAGUUGAUCUUGAUGUGUACAUCUCUUCUCAACACGAGUAUCCUUUGCCUCCACAGGUUUUGAUGAGCAAGACUUUGGUUAGUCUGAAAGUAGCUGGUACGGAUGAGUUCAUCAUUGAUGUCAGAGAAGUUUCUCUUCCAAAGCUCAAGACUUUGCAUAUGAAUGAUGUUUCUUUCGCUGAUGAGAGUGGUGCUGCGUUUGCUAAGCUAGUUUCUGGCUGUCACGCGCUUGAGGAGUUGGUUAUUGUUAAAAUGUACUGGGACUUUCGUGGCUCUUGCUCUGUCUCGCACCCAACUCUCAAGAGACUAAAGAUCUGUACCGAGAACAUCGAUGAGACUUCAGAGAGUGUAUCUUUCGACACUCCUAAUCUCGUCUACUUGGAGUUUACCGACGUUGUUGCGGCCAAGUAUCCCAAAGUGAAUCUUGAUUCACUUGUUGAAGCUAGUAUAGGCAUUAGAAUGACACCUGAUCAGGUCUUCGACGGAAGAGAUCUAGUCAACCGGCAUUACGGCUAUAAGUUAAGGAAAGACGUAAAUGCAACAGAUUUUCUCAUGGCAAUAAGUAAUGUUAAGAUCCUUUACCUAUCGUCACAAUCUCUUGAGGUCCUUACUUUCUGCUGUAAAGCAAUACCAGUCUUCAACAACCUGGUUCACUUAACCAUUGAGACUGACCAAGACGUGGACUGGGAGUCAUUGCCGAACCUACUCAAGAACUGUCCUAAUCUAGAAACCCUUGUUUUCGAAGGACUCCAUUACGGAGACACAAAUCAAUGUGAAGAUGAUGGAUACCGUUUCAAAGAUACAAACGAAUGUUUUGUGACUGGUGCGGACAGGUGUGUAUGCAAACCUUGGUUAGGCACUCCUGUAUGGCUAUCAUCAAGUCCUGUGAAGAGGCUGAAGGUAUUGAAGUUUGGAGAGAUCACUAGUUACAAGGAUGACAUGGAUAAGCAGACGGAUCUGAUCAACUACUUCGUUGAAACCAUGCCGAAUCUUGAAGAAGUGGUGUUAUAUUAUGAUACUCCGUUUGACAGUGAUCUGGAAAUAGUAUCAAACGGAUUUCAACAGCUUGAGAAGGUAGCCUCAACUAAAUGCAAGAUCCAAGUAGUCUCUGAUAACAUAAGCUUCUCAACUACUGUGCACUCUUCUUCAUCGUCGACAAGUGGACUUGUCUUCUUUAAGAAUACCUUCCCGGUUUGACGACCAUCCUUGCUUCCGAGUUUUUCAGCUGGUCUCUGAUCUUUCAUUAGUGUACUUUCUUGCUACUAAUAUUGAAAGUAUGCGUAUGCUUUUGUAAUGUUUGCUAAGAGGUCUAAAACAUCAAGCAAGCUUCUCUCUCUAUGUUUGUUGUUCAAAAGUACUUCUGCUUUUAUGCUCCGUCUUUCUCCAUCAGUGUCUUUACUUGUUUCAGCUUC